AUGAAAAUUGUCGCACAAGGAGCAGAAGCCAUUUUAUAUGAAGAAGACAGCAUAAUUAUAAAAGAACGGCCGUCAAAAAAAUAUAGGAUACCCGAAAUAGACUCUAAAUUGAUAAAAUCAAGAACAAAGAAGGAGGCCAAAAUACUUGAUAUGCUUCUAAACAAGGGACUAUCUGUUCCAAAGCUUAUAAAAGUUGAGGAAAACAAAAUUUUCAUGGAGAAAAUAGCGGGUGAAACGUUAAAAACAGUUUUAAACGAUCAGAACUACUGCUUUCUCAUGAGGAUUGCCGGAGAAAUGAUUGCGAAGAUGCACAAGUUAGAUGUGGUUCAUGGCGAUCUCACCACUUUAAACUUUAUAUUUAACGGAAACUUGUUUCUUAUUGAUUUUGGAUUAGGAUUCUCAUCAACGAAGGAUGAAGAUAAGGCAGUAGAUCUUUACGUCUUUGAAAGAAGUAUAAAGUGUGGCCAUAGCGAAAACUAUCUUGAACCAUUCUAUGAGGCCUAUUCGAUUACAGGAUCAGUAAGUAUUCUCAAAAAGUUAGAAAGUGUAAGGCUGAGAGGAAGGAAGAGAGAAGAAAACAUUCUGAUGUAG